AAAGAUGGCGGUACGGAAGAAAGACGGCGGCCCGAAUGUAAAAUUUUUCGAAGCGUCUGAUACCGUCUCGCAGUUCGACAAUGUCCGGGUUUGGCUGGGCAAGAAUUAUAAAAAGUAUAUUCAGGCAGAGCCCCCUACCAAUAAAUCUUUGUCAAGUCUGGUGGUUCAACUGCUUCAGUUUCAGGAGGAAGUGUUUGGCCAGCAUGUCAGCAACCCUCCCCUCACUAAGCUACCGAUGAAGUGUUCUUUGGAUUUCAAAUCUGGAGGAGCUCUUUGUCAUAUUCUGGCUGCAGCCUACAAGUUCAAGAGUGAUCAAGGAUGGAGGAGAUUUGACUUCCAGAACCCUUCAAGAAUGGACCGCAAUGUUGAGAUGUUCAUGACUAUAGAAAAGUCUCUGGUACAGAAUAACUGUUUGUCCCGACCUGUGAUUUACCUGAGUUCAGAGAUAGAGCCCAAGCUACUUGGAAAACUAAAGGACAUCAUCAAACGACACCAGGGGUCUGUGACUGAGGAUAAGCUGUCCAGCUCUCAUGUAGUGGUGCCUAUUCCUUCUAGUCUGGAGGAAGAAGAUUGGGUCCGUCCAGUUAUGAAGAGAGAUAAACAGAUGCUGCUGCACUGGGGCUACUGGCCCGACAGUUAUGACACAUGGAUCCCAGCCAAUGAAGUGGAGGCUGCAGUGGAGGAUCCACCCACCGCUGAGAAACCCAGGAAGGUUCAUGCCAAGUGGAUUCUGGACCUGGAUCAGUUCAAUGAGUGGAUGAAUGAGGAAGACUAUGAGGUGGGGGAAGUGGGGCCAAGGAGGAAGAGGAUUUCAGCAAAGACUCUCACUGAUGAGGUGAGCACUCCAGAUGAAAGGAGGGAUAAAAAACCCAGCAGUGCCAAAAAGAGGAAACGCUCCCCUUCUCCUUCACCUACCCCUCCACCACAGGAGAGCAAGAAGAAAAACACCAAGAAAGGGCCCACUACUCCUUACACUAAGUCCAAGCGAGGACAGAGAGAUGAGGAACAGGAAGAUCUAACAAAAGAACUGGAUGAACCCUCACCUAUACCUGCAGUGGAGGAAGCUACGCUACCUAAAAAUAUGACUAAGAAGGACUCAGAUUCUACUCCAGUGAAAGGAGGCACUAUGACUGACCUGGAUGAACAAGAGGAUGAGCCAAUGGAGACUGUAGGAAAGGAGGAGGAAGAGGGUUCCCCCAGUGUGAAGGGAGAGCCAGUGAAGGGUUCAGAUCUUCAUGAGGAUAAUGUCACUGAACAAACUCAUCAUAUUAUUAUACCUAGCUAUGCUGCUUGGUUUGACUACAACAGUGUCCAUGCUAUAGAGCGCAGAGCUCUGCCUGAGUUUUUCAAUGGGAAAAACAAAUCAAAGACUCCCGAAAUUUAUCUUGCUUACCGUAACUUCAUGAUCGACACAUACCGACUGAACCCACAGGAGUAUUUGACCUCCACAGCUUGCCGUAGGAACCUGGCUGGAGAUGUUUGUGCCAUCAUGAGGGUCCAUGCAUUUCUGGAGCAGUGGGGCUUGAUUAACUAUCAAGUGGAUUCAGAGAGCCGGCCCACACCCAUGGGACCUCCACCUACCUCACACUUUCAUGUGCUGGCAGACACUCCUUCAAGUCUGGUACCACUACAGCCUAAAACAUCUCAGACUUCAUCCUCUCAGCAGAUGCUCUCAUUCCCUGAUAAAGUGAAAGACAAACCAGCCGACCUGCAGAACUUUGGGCUGAGGAAUGAUGUGUACAGCAAGAAGAGCAUCCCAGCUAAAAAAAGUGCAGCCAGUGCCACUCGGGAAUGGACUGACCAGGAAACACUACUGUUGUUGGAGGGUCUAGAAAUGUGUAAGGAUGACUGGAAUAAAGUAUCAGAACAUGUAGGCAGCCGCACACAGGAUGAGUGCAUCCUCCAUUUCCUGCGUCUACCAAUCGAAGACCCCUUCCUGGAGGAUAGCUCUUCCUCCCUGGGCCCACUGGCCUAUCAGCCCAUCCCAUUCAGUCAAGCUGGAAAUCCUGUCAUGAGCACUGUGGCAUUCCUUUCCUCUGUGGUCGAUCCUCGAGUGGCCUCUGCUGCAGCUAAAUCUGCCCUUGAGGAGUUCUCUCGGAUGAAGGAGGAGGUGCCAGCUGCAUUGGUGGAGGCUCACGUGCGUAGGGUGGAGGAAGCAGCCAGAGCCAGUGGCAGGCCGGACCCUCUUUAUGGACUAGAGGGGAGCGGCAUCGCAGGUACCGGCCUUGAGGAUUCUGACAAACCCGCUGAGGAGAGCAGUGAGGAGAGUAAGAGCAGUGAGAAUCAGUCCAGCCAGGAUAAGAUAGAUAAUAAGGUGAGCAAAGAUGGACCCAGCGAGGAAGAAGAGAAACAAGGAGAGAAUGGCAAGAAAGAGAAAGAGAGAGCAGGAGAAGGGGAAACAGAGAAGACAGACUCAGAAACAGGUGACAGUGAGAAGGAGAAAGAGCGGAAGGAGGGAUCAGAAGAGGGUCAGAGGGAUGGAGAGAGCGAGGGAGAGAAGAAAGCAAAGGUGGAGAGAGAUGUAGGAGAGGGAAACCUGGCCACCGCCGCUGCCUCUGCUCUUGCUGCUGCUGCUGUGAAAGCUAAGCACUUGGCUGCAGUGGAGGAGAGGAAGAUCAAGUCUCUUGUGGCUCUGCUAGUGGAGACCCAGAUGAAGAAACUGGAGAUUAAACUCAGACACUUUGAAGAGUUGGAGACCAUCAUGGACAGAGAAAGAGAGGCGUUGGAGUAUCAGAGGCAGCAGCUUCUUGCUGAUCGUCAGUCAUUCCACAUGGAGCAGUUGAAGUAUGCGGAGAUGAGAGCCCGGCAGCAACACUUCCAGCAGAUCCAACACCAGCACCUUAGUAACCAACCUGGCAACCAAUCAGGCAGUGCUCAAUCUGUACCUCACCAGCCUGUCCCCAACGCCUCUGCCCCGGCCCCAACACCAAGCUCCGCCCCCGCAAACACCUGUAAUGCCCAAAAUGAAGCUCCUCCUCCUGCUUCUCACAGUUCUUCCCCCACCAACGCACAGGCUGGAGCAGUGCACACUCACAAUUCCAGCACUCCACUACCUGGGGAUUCUCUCUAUCCAAAUGCCCCUGUACCCCCAACACAGUAAAGAGAGAAUAGGAUGUGUAAAGAAGACAAGUUUUAAUGAUUUCAGAGAAGAAAAUGGAAAGAGCUCAGAAAGAACGAUUGAAACAGUGGAAUAGAAAGAAAAAGAGAUGGGAGAUAAAGGGAUCGAGAUCUUCUUUUUUGUCACUUUCAUCAUUUUUGGGAGAAAACAAUUAUAUAAAUGAAUUUUGCCGGGGUCUUGAACAUGAAACAGUUCAAAUUGAUAAAGCUAAACCCAGUUAACCUUGAAACAGGUGGGAAAAAAAAUAAAAGAAAGAGGACCUUUCGUCAUCUGGAAAGUUUUUAAAUCCGAGCCCCUGUUAAAUUAAUUCCUAGUGCUCCAGACCCCCCAACAGCCUGUAUCCAAGUACUACAAACAAUCUUAGCCCUAAAAAGGAUUGAAGGUUUUUCAGUCUUAUCAUCUUUCGCCAAAAUAUAGGAUUCAUAUGUCUGUGUACCAGGAUCCAGAAAGGCACCUGUGAUCUGCAGUCCAAAAGCACCUCAAUACACUUCAGGUACUUAAGUCUCACAUGGAAAUGGAAAAAGAAAAACAGACAAAUUGCACUUUUAGAAUGUUUCCCUAAUCUUAAUUUUGGAGGGGUGAAGCAUUAAGUCAAACUUAGCCCUUAAUGUUUUCUUUUAUCAGUGUUCUUUUAUCACAUAUAUUUGUUUCAUAGAAGCACUUAAUUUGGAGUAAGUCCGAAACAUGACUUUGCAAUUGUUACUUUGUGUGUGUGUGUGCGUGCGUGUGUGUGUGUGUGUUGGUUUUGCUCUUGGGACAAUGUGAAAGCUUUAGUGGUUUGGCCUGUUUUUUAUGUAUAAUUAGAUAUUAGCAUGAGGAAAAAAGAGAACAGCAAAUUAGUAUCAAAUCUGUUUACUUUGUAUGAAGUGUCUCUGACAACAUGUACUGUAAACCUGAAAAACCAUGUCAUCAAUAAUUGAUGUUUGCAUGUUAUUUUUUGAGUAUGUGUGCUUGUAGGAUACACGUCAUCACAUCAUACAGUGUUGCUCUACAUUUUUAACAGAUGAAAGUAGUCUUGUUAUCCAUUCUCAUGCCAUUGUUGUGCUUAUGAGAGAAUACUUAAAAGUCAUUAUGAAACGGAAGUUGCGACCAGCUUUACUUCCGUAUUGUGACGUACUGUAUUUCAGUACGUACUUAUCAGCUUUAAGCAAAAUAAAUUUAGGCCAGGGAUUUUAGUUUAUCCACUGGUUGUUGAUUGGAUUGUGAAAAUAUGGGCAUUGCAAAGCGGAAAGGAGGCAGAUCUGAAUGCGAGUCUGCAAUGGACACACACCCCUACCACCAUGAAGCUUGAGUCAGAACCAGCUAUCUGUCAAAUUGAGCAACAAUCUUAACGCAUUUAUUAUCAAACUGACAACAUAAACGCACAAGUACAUAAGUCUUUCCUUAUGAAGAGACUGUAGCUGUUGAAAAACGAGUGAGUAGAAGAUGACCAUAUUUUAACGUUUUGAAUCAUAAUACACUCAAUUUAAAGGAAAAAACACUUCUAUCAGGAAGACAUGCAGGCUUUUGUGAGGUUUAAGAUGCCAUUUAUUUGAUGAAUGUAAAACAGAAAAGUAAUGUCUCUCUUUGGCGUAGGCCCCGUCUAUCCUGCCGGAGAUAGGAGGCAGGGGCGAGGAGCCUACCCCGUGCGGGACAGGGCUCAACUGGUGGUGGUGGGGUGGUGGAGGUUGCUUUGUUAGCACACUGAAACAGCAAUGUGAUAGAUUGUGAGCAGACUUCUAAAGCAAUGGCUUAUAUGCGAAUGGCUAGGAAUUACCCAGCUAAUGGUGUGAUGAUGAACAGCUGCUAGUCUUCCCGCUAGAACUACGCUGCGCUUACAUUUACUUGUGCUGUGCAUCCCAAGAAAAUUGCAUUAAAAAAUAUAAAUAAACUCAGAGGCAUCCAAAGCGUUGUAUUCAUUAGUGAUGACCUCAGCAAUUCAGCCGUGAAAUGUCUCGAACACAACCGCAAAUUCACCUUUAUUCGUACUCAUUCGAAAUGUAAAUUCAAGCCAGCUGACCCGUAACCAAGGACGUUUGGGUUAAGGAAUGAUAGUUUUGAAGUAAACAGAUGAAAAUACACCUUGCCAUCUUCACCAACAUGCGAUUGACGCUUUGUUUUAUUCUACGCAAGGUUGUGGUAUUCAUAAGAAAGGGGCGGGGUUGAAGCUGACUAAAUGAUUGGAGAAGUCCUGCAUACGUCACCAGAGAGAAGUCUGUUGUUUCACUGGAAGUUCGUGUUAUGAAAUUCUGAUUAAAGAUUAAGAGGUCAAAAACGUUUUACAAAAAAUAGAAACACAUGCAUGGAUGAAUCGUUCACAAUAAGAUCAAUAACAUGCAUUUAGAAAAUAGACAGGGUGAAUUUUUAUUUCAUGCCAACCUUAAUGUUUAAUCACCAAUGAAAAAAGAAUGGGAAACGCAGCUGGGAAUCAUAUUGGUUCCAUUCCAGGACAACAAAACUCUGAAUAUGUUUUGUAUUUUAAAAAAUACAAAUGGUCAAAUCAGUUUUAAUCAGUUCAAUGAAAUUGCUGCCAUUUUAGUGAUAUCAUAUCACACAUCCCUGCUGAAAAAACGAAACAAAAAAAAACUGGUUAAACCAGCCUAAUGUGGCCCGCAGAAUUAAGCUGGUUUACUAACCUUGUCAGGCUGGUCGGUUGGCUGGUUUUAGAGGGCUUUUCAGCACCACUGGUCAGGCUGGGAGGCAACACAACUUCCCAGAUGAGCAACUGCUUUGCAAGACUGGGAAACCAUCUUAAACCAACUAAGAGUAGCAAACCAUUGUAGGCUGGUUUCAGAUGUUUUCAUCUUACAUUAAUGCUAGAACUGAUGUUACAUUUCAGAUUGUUAAAGAAUGUUGUGUGUGUAUGUAUGGGAGUUUUUAGUACCAGGCCAAACCCACUGAAAGUAUUUGCUAAAUGAAGGAAAACCAUUUUUUUCGUUACUUGUAAUUCAAGGCAACUACCUGAUCAGUACUGAUAAGGGAUUUUAAUGUUAAUUUUGUGGUCUGUGUAUCUCAUAUCUGCACAUUGUAAUUGUCCUAUUUUUGUAUUUUUAUAUGUUUCUUUACACUAUUACGGCUGAUGUAAUGCUGUAAUCAUAUUAUACUGAACAUGUCUGUAAUGUUACCUUCUCUUUCUGAUUGUGGAUGUUCUCUUAUUAUUGACAUGUUGAUGUGAAAGUGUCAGUCGCUUUAUCUAAUAAGGCUGGACUCGAAUGUGUUGGUUGUGCAUGCUGAUUUGCCACAUAUCUUUUUUGUUUUUUUUAUCUGCAUUAAAGGGAAAGCUCACCCAAAAUAGCUCACCUUGUGUUGUUCCAAAAUGGUAUGACUUGCUUCUGUGGAACACAAUACGAUAUGUUUGUGCAGAAUGACUGACAACCUCAGUCACCAUUUACUUUCAUUGUAUUUACAAACAUGCAAAGAUUCUCUUUUUGUGUUCCACAGAAGAAAACAAGUCUAACAGGUUUGGAACGACAUGAGAGUAAGUAAUUGAUGACAGAAUUUGAAUUUUUGUGUGAACUAUUCUUUAAUUCCAGACUACAAAUGCUUGCAUUGAUGAACGUAAUAUCAGAAAGCCAAUAUCCAUUUCAACAAAAAACACUCCCGCUGUGAUACUACCUGCAGUUUACAUUCUCACACAUGUAAGUGAAUUCACACGUAUGCAGUAGUCCAAUAUGCAGUAUUACUGACAGAACGUUCACGUCAACCUCACAGACCCAUAGGCCUCAUAACCAGUGUUGAAAACGUCAUUUGACCAAUUUGCUCAACUUUUUGGUCUUCGUCUUUUACAUUGUAGUGAUAUACCGAUAAAUAGAUUUUUUUUUGUUUGUUUUUUACAUGUUGUUUUUACUUUUUUAAUUAUGACUCAAGAAGCUGGUAACCGAUGCAUUGAGAUGUGUGUAUGUUUGAGGACAUUUAGUUUGUCCUUUGUGGUGAUGUAGCAGGAGCUGUUUAGCGCCUGUUUAUUUGUGUUUGACAGAAUGGAUCAGUUUUGGUUUCAAAAACAUUCAAAAGAUUCUGCACAAUAAAAGACAUCA